AUGGCGGUCCUCAAGCUCCCACCUUCUGAAACCCAAAAGGUACAACCCACGAAGCGUAGAAGAAAGCAUCACCCACAGAACCCUAAACUGAAACAACAGCAUUCUUCAUCAUCAACAUCAUCAUCAUGGGACCAAAUCAAGAAUCUGUUGAAGUGUAAACAGAUGGAUGUUGGCGGGUCGGAUCAGAAGGUUCAAGACCCGGUGAGGAACCCUAAUGGGUAUUCGAAGUUGAGUUCUUGUGGCUCCAUAUGCAAUUUCAGGGAUGUUGCUAAUGGGAAUACCAGGGUUGUUCAUAGGGCUGAUAACUCGCCGGAGAGUAGCACCGUCGGUCAAGAUUCCGGCCUCCUCAGAAGGAAGAAACACGUCAGCAAUAAUGGUGCAUCUUCUUCUUCUUCUAGGUCUUUGACGGGUUCAGUCAGAUCCAACACUCAUGGGAGUUACACGUCAUCUUCCCGAGGCAUUCAAUUGAGGAAGCUUUCUGGGUGCUACGAAUGCCACGCCAUUGUCGAUCCUGCAAGGCAUGUAAUUCCAAGAAGUACAAUUUGUGUAUGUUCUGAAUGUGGAGAAGUGUUCCCCAAAAUGGAAAGCUUGGAACAUCAUCAAGCUGUUCGGCAUGCUGUGUCGGAGCUCGGACUCGAAGAUUCGGGUCGAAACAUUGUGGAGAUAAUAUUCAAGUCCAGCUGGCUGAACAAGGACCAUCCGAUCUUCACCAUCGAACGGAUUCUAAAAGUCAACAACACCCGUCGGACCAUCCAACGUUUCGAGGACUGUCGUGACACCGUCAAGAUCCGAGCCAACGUCACCGCCACCGCCUCCCGCUGCGCAGCCGACGGCAACGAGCUCCUCCGCUUCCACUGCACCACACUCGGCUGCUCUCUCGGGUCCCACGGGUCAUCCAGUCUCUGCGGAUCCGUCCCUGGGUGCGGCGUGUGCACCAUCAUCCGUCACGGUUUCCAAAACCCAAAAUCCUGUGAAGGUGGUGGAAGGAAAGGGGUGUGCACGACCGCGAGUAGUGGUAGAGCACACGACUGUCUAGGGGUUGGGGCCCGUGGAGUAAAGGCCAUGCUGGUAUGUCGAGUGAUUGCAGGAAAGGUGAAGCGUGUGGCGGAGAAGACGGAGGCGGAGGAGGAAGGAGGACCGUACGAUUCGAUGGCCGGGCAUCCCGGGUUAUACUCGAAUCUUGAGGAGUUGUACGUUUGUAAUCCGAGGGCCAUACUUCCCUGUUUUGUUGUUAUCUACAAGACAAUGGAAAGUUGAUGUCAUCUUUUUUUAAUUAA